AUCAUUAUCAUCACCAUCCCCAUCACAACCAUCUAAUCCCCCUAUUUUCUUUUUAGCGAAAGGAAUCGCGUUAUUUCUUACCAGUGCUCAUUGCCGUCCCUUCAGUCAGAGUCAUUGUUUGGGCAAUAUAACGGCAACGGUUCGCUUGCUCCAACACAAAGAUGCAGACUUGUUUUUCGGUAUAGAAUCGGUAGGAUGAUGAAGGCAAAGUAUCUGAGAUGAUCUGAUGAAACACACAAGUGGGAUAUGAAAAUUGGUUGGAGACACGGGAUCUUUGAGAGUCUUGCAGCGGCCAUUUUGUAAUCGGACUCAGGAGGAUUUCUGUUUCAAUCUUGGAUCUUGGUGGGAAGUUUAACAGGUGUUUUAAAUGCUUAGAUUUGAUAACGUUUCGCAUCUUGUCAAAUGUACCCUUGAGAGGAUUCACAUUUUUGCCAAGUGACUUCUGGAGGAAUUAUCUUGGCACACAUAGUUUCUCCGUGUAAUAAAUUUUUCAUCAGCCAUCUAUAAAUGAUAACGUCUUUUGAAUCUAAUCAUCUAACCAUUAAACGGUAUCGGAUGCUAAAGACAUAACAAAAAAGAAAUUACAUGCUCUAAAUUCUUAAUCGAAGUGAUCAUUUUUAUAGACAUUUCGAGAUUGAAAGUGUUUUAUGCUGCUUCGAAGUUAAAUCUGGGUCUUGGUUUUACAUUUUUCAACCAAGAAGUUCACAACAGACAGACUUGCUUCUGCACAAGAUGAUAUAUUAUUGAAGAGCAAAUGAAUAAUUGAUCAAUUUCUUGCAAUCAUCUGAGUAGCCUGUUAGAUUCUCGACCUUCGUUUAAAUCUUACACUUGUAAUUCAAUCAUCUCAGACGGUAUUACAUAAAGGAUUCUUUCUCAUCUUCUGUUGUAAGGAUAUCUGAGGAAAGCACCAGACAGGAAAGUGAUUUCACGGUGGAUGUUGUGAAAUAAUUCACCAUCUCUUCCUCUGCAGUUUAGAAGCAGGUGAAUUGUAUUCUAUCUGUAUUUAUCUGGAUGCAUUCUUGGUUGCAGGUGGAUGCAUGCCAUGGAGUGAUGUAGGUCUACGUGCAACCUGUUUUAAUUCACCUGCCUAGCAACGCUCUCCAUCAUCGCCUUGUAUCGAUGUUCUAAUCCGUUAAAAUGAGAAUGAAGACAAAUCGGCUAUUUUCUUUUGGUGACAGUUGAUGAGAACUAUCUUAGAGUUGCAAUGGACACUUACUGAUACCUUGCUGUUAGAAAUCAGAAUAGGGCAACAUCGUCAUUGCUCUUUAAUGCAUUCUUCUCGAUGUUAUUAUUAAUGUGGAUCAAGUUUAAAGGACAUCUUUAAAAAAAAAGAACUAUAAAUGGAUGUCCGUCUCUUUACAAAUUAAUUCCGUGCUUCCUUUUCAACGUACUUUUUCAAUUGAAUUUGGCAAUUAAACUAUUUCAAAAAAAAUGUUCAAGGGUGUUUGCUGGACAAUCCUUGUCCAUCAGUGAUUCGAAAUGUGGAGAAAUUUUCUAACAUUUCAGAGACACAGUACGUAAUAGUCAAUAGCUGUCAAUCUGGUUCUCAAGCUUGAAGACAUAAUUAUGAUCAUGCUUCUUCUAUAGCUAAAAAUCACACCGAUCGAAAAUCUAAUGUCUAAAAGUUAAAGGACUGCACGUCGAUAAAGACUGAUGUAACCUUGCAUAACCCUGAAAACGUAACAUCUGCAAGACAAGUACUUGAUAAAAUAUAGUCGCCAUAAUUUUGUAUUAUUUUGGCGGGAAGAUGCUACCGGGGGUAUAUCACCAAUAAUAUUCAUCUAGAUUGGAACUAAGCAAGAAAAAUCAUGGAGAAAGGAAACGAUGAUGAUAAAGACCAGGCUGACGAUGGGAAUGUUCAAAAUUUCUCAAGUCAGCAAGAAUUGGUUCCUAAUGAGCAUGAUAGAGGAGGAGGAGAGAGUGAUUAUUCUGAUAUGGAUGGUGGUCAUCAAGAAGGUACGGCUGAUGGAGAAGAUGAUGAGAGGAGUAGAAGAACAAGCGCUAUGGGAAGGAUUGUUGGAACAUUACAGGUAAUUAAAGGUUGGGUGACCCGAGGUGGAGGCGAGGAGCCCACGAGGAGGGCUGAUUCCUUUCUUGAGAGGUUUGCUUUAGGUGGUCCUCAGAUGGAAGAAGGUCAUCACAUCUCAGGGGGAGAUGCUACAGGUGCUGGGUAGGUAACCAAUCAUUUUAAAUCAUUACCUGUUUAGGUAUAAUUAAAUGUUUUGAUCUCAACACACUACAAAAUUUACCUUACAUUUUCGGUUUUCCACUGCACAAUUUGAGCAUUACGAACCGGUGUUUCAUAAAGCUGUUCGCAAGUCACAACGACUGUUAUAGGCCUUUCCUGUUGUAAACGAUAUGCAUCAGGCCAUGUAGCGUACAGGUGGGGCGAAGGGCUUGGGGGUGCUUCCCCCAUCCAAUUUUUCACGA